AUUUGAGAAACGCUCAUUAUGAGGCCAAAAAUUACCAAACAAAUUGGUACAAUUCCUUUAUUGGUAUCGUACUACUCCUAUAAGAUAGUGUACUAAUCACACGGAUAGUGGGGAGCUGAACACGCAUUGUCACUACUGCCUCACCCAUUCUCAAUAUUCAAGCGACUCAAUCUCACCGCCGGCGAUGGGUGCACAAGGUGCAUGGAUUAAGCUCGGCCAAAAGGGUAUUGCACCUGGAGCAAGAAGCUCACAUGCAGUAGCCCUGGUAGGACAGAAGGCUUAUGUUUUUGGUGGCGAGUUCACGCCACGUGUCCCAGUUGAUAACAAUCUCUACAUGUUUGAUCUCAAUGACCUCACAUGGUACGUGGCAGAUGCAACCGGUGACAUCCCUCCGCCACGUGUUGGUGUCACAAUGGCCUCGGUUGGUGGGACCAUCUACGUGUUCGGUGGUAGGGAUGCCACUCACAAGGAGCUCAAUGAGCUAUACUCUUUUGACACGUCUACGAACAAGUGGGCCCUAAUCUCUAGUGGGGACACCGGCCCCCCUCACAGGAGCUACCACUCUGUGACUGCCGAUGACCGGCGGGUGUAUGUAUUUGGCGGUUGUGGUGUCGCCGGCCGGCUUAAUGAUCUAUGGGCUUAUGAUGUUAUUGAUCAAAUGUGGGUCAAAUAUCCGGUUGCAGGAGAGAAUUGCAAGGGUAGAGGUGGGCCUGGGCUGGCUGUGGCCCAAGGUAAAAUCUGGGUUGUGUAUGGUUUCUCUGGUGUGGAGCUUGAUGAUGUGCACUUCUUUGAUCCGGUUGAGGAAAAGUGGGUCGAAGUGGAGACAACCGGGGAAAAACCAACGCCUAGAAGUGUAUUCUCAACCGUUGGAAUUGGAAAAUACAUAUUUGUAUAUGGUGGGGAAGUGGACCCUAGUGAUUUGGGCCACUUAGGUGCAGGGAAGUUUUCGGGCGAAUUAUAUGCAUUGGACACACAGACAUUAUUGUGGAAACGGUUGGAUGAUAAGUCAGAAUCCGGUGAGCAUCCGGGGCCGCGUGGGUGGUGUGCAUUUGCGGCAGGACAGCAUGACGGCAGCAAAGGAUUGUUGGUCUAUGGUGGCAAUUCGCCUAGCAAUGAUCGGCUUGACGACAUUUUCUUUUUCACUCCUUGUUUGGUUUCGGAUGGAAAGUGAUCACUUUAGCCAUGAGUCUAUGACAUGAUAAAUAUUGUGAUUAGAAGUGUUUGAGAGUGUUGAAUGGGAAGUGCCUAGAGCAAUGAAUAAAUGUAAUUUUGUACUAUAUAAGCAGUUUAAGAAGCUAUGGGGUUCUAUAAAAACCGCAUGCAUCUAUUAUGUUUUGUAAUUUGUAUUUUUGGUGUAUAUAUUUUUGUUAUCAAGACAUUUGUAUUUUUGGUGUAUAUAUUUUUGUACUCAAGACAUUUGUAUUUUUGGUGUAUAUAUUUUUGAACUCAAGACCCGACUCUAGAGGGUAAAAUACUAGGUAUGUGAUACAAUUGA